UGUACUUAUGUUUUCUUUGCUUAUGUGGGUUUUGAUGCAGUUUCAACAGUAGCACAAGAAGCGAGGGCACCAGAGCGAUCGCUGCCAAUAGCCAUUAUUGGGUCUACAAUUAUUUCAUUAUUAUUGUAUAUUGGAAUAUGUACUGUUAUGGUUGGACUCGUUCCAUACGACAGAUUAAAUUCAGAUAGUCCUCUUUCAGAUGCAAUAAAAGCUACACCUUAUGGUCUUUGGUUAUCAAUCUUGAUAGAUUUAGGUGCUAUUGCUAGUCUUACAACUGUAGCAUUGACGAUGAUGCUCUCACAAACUCGAAUAUUUUAUGCAAUGGCUCAUGAUGGUUUACUACCACCAAUCUUUGCUAAAAUUCAUUCUCAGACAACAACUCCAUGGGUUUCUAUAUUAAUUUGCGGUGUAUUCUGUGCUAUUUUUUCGGGGAUCUGUCCAGUAGAUAUUCUUGGGGAAACAACUUCAAUUAGUGCGCUAAUAACAUAUAUUUUCGUACAUGUUGCAGUCAUAGUCAUGCGCUACACACAUGGAGAUAUGCAACGUGUAUUUCAAGUACCAUUUGGUUCAAGGCUGAUUCCGACUAUCGGUACUUUACUUUGUAUACUUCUUAUGAAAGGUGUAACAAAAGUAACAUGUUAUCGAUUCCUUGUGUGGACAGCAUUAGGUCAAAUUAUUUAUUUUUCUUAUGGUUUUUGGCAUUCUAAACGACGAAAAUUAAUGAAAAGUGAAAUGACUGCAAGUAAUUUCGAGCUUGUGCCAAGAGUAGAAAGUAUGAAGGAACACUACACACACAAUGGGUCUCAAUCGGAUGUAGGCAGUGAACAGACUGAAAGUGCAGCAUAA